AUGAGUCAUUUAGACAAUAUCAACACUUUCAUAUCUAAAUUAAAAUUAUUUUUCCCUGAAACUAUUGAGUAUGAGGAAAAGGAUAGAGAUAUUGGUGUCAAAAGAUUACUUAGACGUCAUACGAUGUAUAUAGAUGAUUCUAAAACCAUCACAACUAUUAAUAAAGAUGGUGAUUCAAUCCAGCCAUAUUCUACAUCAUUGGACGCUGUGAAUAAUAAAACAAAUGUAGAGAUACUAAAGAAAUUUUUAAAUAUAUUGGACAUCAAUCUUGGCAAAAUAUAUAAAGAAGUGAGUCAUCAAAUAUACAAUAAUCAGAAAUCUUGGGAAGUGAAUAAAUGGGAAGAGAUGUUAAGUCCAGGAUUAAUCUAUGUUAGUUACUGGAGGACAGACACAGAUAGAGAUAAGAGUACAGAUUUGCAACCUGUGUUGUUUUUAUCAUUUAUGCUAACAGAAGAGAUUGAUGUUUCAAGGAUUGGAGCAAUUGAGUUUGUGGUGUAUUUAUAUGAAAUCCAAAUAUUGCCUGAACUACGUGGACUAGGAAUUGGACAGAGGCUACUUGGCUGCUUAAAAGAUACUUCAAUGGGGUACAAUAAUUGUGAUGGCAAUAGCAAAUCUGUAUUCAAAAAUGAUACAAUAAUAAGUGCAAUUGUACUGACAGUUUUCAGCGAAAACGAAGUUGCAAUACGAUUCUAUAAGAAAUUACAAUUUAGAUAUACUGUGGGAUCACCAAGGGAUGAACUAAUAGAUAGAAUUGCUAAUAGAACUAGAAAACGUCAAAGUACAGCUAACAGUGUCACCAAUCAACAUGUGAUUAAACCCAUAUAUUACUUAUUACACCUACCUUUAUAG